AUGAGCCUUGAGCGUGUCUCCCGUGUCUACAAUUGUUGCUCGCUUACUUUUGCUUUCAUCUCGCUAACGGCUUCUUUAAUCGGUGGCUUAGUAGUCUCUGUUCGCUGGUUAUCCGAUCAAGAUGGUCCACUUUUCCGAGAGAUGCGCGCCGCUUCGUGCAGCUUUUCCUCACUCAUUGUCACUCUUCUGCGGAUUCUAAAGAUCGGACUACCAUUCUUGUUUCUGAUAUUCACUAGGGGAGUCUGGCAAAAGACAUCGAUCGCUUGGGAGACACCAUUUGUCUCGUUUUUCGGUGAUUAUAUGUUGAUUGUGAAAUCGGAAAACGAUUAUCGCUUUGCCUCAUCGUUUCCCCAACUGAACACAAUUGAUUCGUCACAUUUAGUCUUCUCAAAUUUGGAGACUUCUGCUCUAGAUUCGGAUCAAGAUGGGAAAAAUGAUUUGCUCACCCUGAACUUUCACCUACCGCUAGAAGAGAAUUUCACAGUCGUUCACCUUGAUUGGAUCGUUUUUCUCGAUUAUCGAUUGAUGAAAUCGAUGGAUUUAGAGGCUGAUGUGGCUCUCGUUGGAUCGACUUCUGUACCCGAUCCUAAGGCCUCAUUCGAGAUGAGUGGAGUACUUGGGAGUAAUCAAUUAGCACCGAUUCCUGAGACAUUCAAACAACGCUUAUUUCCGUCAAAAUCGGAUCUCCGAGCGAUCGAGCUCUCCUAUUCGACAUUGAUUGGGAAAAUUCGAGGCCAAAUGCUAGGAGUCGAUAUUUUACGCUCAUCGUCAAGCUGGCUUCCCUCAAGCGAUCUCUCAUUUCGUCUCUCAUUCACAAUCCCCUCGCAAACUCUCAUCAGAGCCACCACCACGUGGGAGUUGCUGAAAUGGGCUUGGAUACAGUACUUGGCACUGUUGUUAGCGAGUGAUUAUUUGUUCACGCGUUUACUCGAUUCUUUCUACGAAAAUGGAGUCAUCGAUGGCUUUACGCAAUAUAAUAUUGAUGAGAUGAAGAAA